ACCGGUGGAUACGGAGGACGGCUCAACUAAGAAAAUGAUAAGGUCAUUCGAAUUACUGUGGCGAGCGAGUUUAUUGCUACAAUGAAACUGAAAAAAAUUGUACUGGCGAUAGGAAUGAACGGAUGAUUUCUAUAGAGGCAAAGUCGAACCAAGGGGGCAGGCAAAUUUGAUAUAAAUACGCCGGAGGGGGGGGGUCAAUGCGCUGUUAUCUGAGACCCUUGUGUCUGUCAAUGUGCAAGUAGACGCCAGAGCGGUGGAAGGUUUUGCUAAACCAAUCAAGGUGGAAUUGUACAAAACGAGUUCCACGUCCGGUGUAAUACGCACAUUACUGUGUUUGUGGGGGACGUGAAACAAGGAUGAUGCGCCUGGCUUGCUGCACCGUCCUCCUCUUCCUGCUCCGUCUCUUGGUGGGCCUGCCCUGGUUCCAGGUCCUCCCCUCCAUCCUCAUCUUCUACCUGGGCUCUGGAGGCUGGAAGUUCCUACUCAUUUUCGCCAAAACCAUCAGAAGAGAUUUACAUGCGGCAGGCGUCCUCCUCAAGGUGAAGUCAAACGUCAAUCGUCACCUGAAGGAACGAAACACCCUCCCUAAAAUCUUCGCCGAGACGGUGCGUCGCCAUGGGGACAAGACUGCGCUCAUUUUCGAGGGCACGGGCGAGAAGUGGUCCUUCCGGCAGCUGGAUGAGUACUCCAACCGUGUAGCCAACCUGCUGCUCCAGAGGGGCUUCGUGGAAGGGGAUGUGGUGGCUCUCUUCAUGGAGAACCGGUCCCAGUACGUGGGCCUCUGGCUGGGCAUGGCCAAGAUAGGAGUGGAGGCUGCUCUGAUCAACUUUAACCUGCGGCUGGAGGCCCUGGUGCACUGCGUCACCAUCUCAAACGCUAAGGCUGUGGUGUUCGGCAGCGAGCUGACCGAGGCUGUGUGUGAGGUCCACAGUUCCAUGGGGAAGACGGUACAGAUGCUGUGUUCAGGGGACUGGGACCCCAAACGUGUCCCUACAGGGACAGAGUGCCUGGAGCCUCUACUGGAUGCCGCUCCGACCCACCUGCCCAUCCGCCCAGACCGCUGCUUCACUGAUCGUCUGUUCUACAUCUACACAUCUGGGACCACUGGGAUGCCCAAAGCUGCCAUCGUGGUGCACAGCAGGUACUACCGCAUGGCAGCCUUGGUAUACUAUGGCUUCGGUAUGACGUCUGAUGAUGUGUUGUACGAUUGCCUUCCACUCUACCACUCCGCAGGAAACAUUGUUGGCGUGGGGCAGUGCCUGAUCCACGGCAUGACGGUGGUCAUCAAGAAGAAGUUCUCUGCCUCCCGGUUCUGGGACGACUGUGCCAAGUACAACUGCACGAUUGUCCAGUACAUCGGGGAGAUCUGCCGGUACCUGUUGAACCAGCCGGUAAAGGACAUGGAGGGUAAACACAAGGUCCGUAUGGCGCUCGGUAACGGCCUGCGCCAGUCCAUCUGGGAAGAGUUCACCUCUCGCUUCAACGUACCACAGAUAGCAGAGUUCUACGGAGCCACAGAAUGCAACUGUAGCCUGGGAAACUUCGACAACAUGACAGGAGCAUGUGGCUUCAACAGCCAGAUCCUCCCCUUCAUCUACCCCAUCAGACUGGUGAAGGUAGAUGAGGAGACCAUGGAGCUCAUCAGAGGCCCCGAUGGCGUCUGCAUCCCCUGUGGGCCUGGUGAGCCCGGCCAGUUGGUAGGCAGGAUCAAUCAGAAAGACCCCCUGAGAAGGUUUGACGGCUACGUGAACGAAGGAGCCAACAGCAAGAAGACUGCUAACAGUGUCUUCAAGAAGGGAGACACUGCCUAUCUCUCAGGUGACGUCCUAGUCAUGGACCAGUAUGGUUACAUGUACUUUAAGGAUCGUACGGGGGACACGUUCCGUUGGAAGGGAGAGAACGUGUCGACCACAGAGGUGGAGGGAACCCUGAGCCGUCUGCUGGACAUGAUGGACGUGGUAGUCUACGGAGUGGAGGUGCCAGGGGCUGAGGGGAAGGCUGGGAUGGCCGCCAUAGCAGAUCCAGAGAGAUCUACAGACCUGGAGAAGUUUGGGAAGGAUCUGGAGAAAGCUCUGCCACCCUACGCACGACCCGUCUUCCUACGCUUCCUCAAAGAGGUCAACAAGACAGGCACCUAUAAGUUCCAGAAGACAGACAUGCGGCGGGACGGUUUUGACCCCAGCAUGGUAUCAGACAAACUGUACCUCCUGGACCCCACCAGGGGGCGCUAUGUGGAGCUGCAUCAGGAGCUCUACAGCAGCAUCAUCUCAGGGAAGCAGAAACUGUAACUGUGAGAUCUGAUCACUCUUGCCCCCCCCCCCCCCCCCCAAAAAAAGAAAUAUCACCCCAUCCAUCCAUCCACCCACACACACACACACACCCUAUUCCUGAAGUCACUCUCCCUCCCCCAGAGAAACUCUUAACUCUUACAACCCACCUCUCUGCUCUCUCUAAGCCCACACCCCUCGUUACUUCAGUGACCACAGUGAGGGGCAGCUGGCUCAUCCAGGUCACAUGACAAGCCAAUCUGACACCAUAUCCCAGGAUAGACCUAGAGCGACCUUUGACCUCUAAAGGCACCCCCCCAGAGCUUGACCUUGACCUGCCCUGGAGCUAUAGGAACGCUCACUGGAAGGAUACAGCUCGCUGGCUGAGAGGGGCGUGUGGCAUGUCCAGAAUGCAAAAACAUAGUAACUUACUCCAAAUGUAAGAGUCCUAGCUAUAGGAACUUGACACAGUGAAAGAAUUUGAAUUGAUUGAAGGAAACAGUCCUGUUGGGCUGUCGGUUUGUCUGUCUCAUGUUGAGGUCAUUCCCUCAUAGGUCCAACCUGCACACUGCCCAGUCAGUGACCAGUGUGGCUUCUGUUGUGACACAAAAUGGCCGAUUUGGUUUUAGUGGUGUUGACUCGGCACAUCCAUGUUAGACAUACAGUACAGCUAACCUGAAACGGAUGGAUUUAAGUGCAAUAGGGCUCCAGCAGUGGCAGUGUACAGCUGUGAAGAAGCUCUCUAAUAUAUUUAAAUGUCUGCAUUAUACCAAAUAUAUUUAAUUUGUAGAAUAGUCUUUACACGUUUUAAAACAAAAGGAUGAUUGUAUGUUCAAGUUCUUGAUAAUAUGCCAAUUCAAAUUCUAAUCAUGUUUUACUAUAUCCACAAUUGUGCUCGGCUUUCUCCUGACCUCACCCACUAGGGGUGCUCCUCCUAGUCUUCAACUAUAGAAUCUACAGACCAACUCCCAGCUGCUGGAGCACCAAUAACUCUUACAGUUUCAAACCUGGUUCUGAUUCUGGGUAGAAGAUUCAGAUUCUGAAUGUCUUGAUUCUGGGUAAAUUCAUUUUUUUUGUUGUCUGUGUCAACAUUGUGCAGGUUGGGCCCAAUGGAUUGGCUUUGUCUUGUAUGGCACAGUAGACAUUUUAAAGCUUGCCGAAGAGCGUGCUGAAGUGAAAAGCACUAACCUCCUCUGUCUCUGAGGUGUUGUUGAGGAUAAUACUCUGGUGAUACGGACAGAAGGAGACUCUGACUCUGGUGCAGCAAGCCAAAUGAUCUAAACCAGGCCUCUCCAACCCUGUUCCUGGAGAGUUACUGUCCUGUAGGGCUUCACUCCAACCAUAAUCUAGCACACCUGAUUCUAAUAAUUGAUAAGCUGAAUCAGGUCAGUUAAAACUGGGGUUGGAACAAAAACCUACAGGAGGGUAACUCUCCAGGAACAGGGUUUGAGAGACCUGAUCUAAAGAUGGUCCUUGCUCGAAGGGGGAAGAGGAGAGGAAAAGAGAAGAGAGAAAAUAUUCUUAUUUUCGUUAUUGUUUGUUUUUCUACUUUCUUGUUUCAUCUUCUCAGCAGCAUGAAUGAUCAACAGACUACUGUGCCUUUACUGUGAGUUUACCCUCAGAUUCACAGACCCUGUCCCCGUCACCCCCUACCCUAACCCUUCACUCCCUACAGUCCCCAUCACCCCCUACCCUAACCCUUCACCCCCUACUGUCCCAUAGCACCCUACUGUCCCAUCACCCCCUAUCCUAACCCUUCACUCCCUACAGUCCCCUUCACCCCCUACAGUCCCUAUCACCCCCUAUCCUAACCCUUCACCCCCUACUGUCCCAUCACCCCCUAUCCUAACCCUUCACUCCCUACAGUCCCCUUCACCCCCUACAGUCCCUAUCACCCCCUACCCUAACCCUUCACUCCCUACAGUCCCCAUCACCCCCUACCCUAACCCUUCACCCCCUACUGUCCCAUAGCACCCUACUGUCCCAUCACCCCUAUCCUAACCCAUCACCCCCUACAGUCCCCUUCACCCCUAUCCUAACCCUUCACCCCUACUGUCCCAUAGCACCCUACCCUAACCCUUCACCCCCUACUGUCCCAUAGCACCCUACUGUCCCAUAGCACCCUACUGUCCCAUAGCACCCUACUGUCCCAUAGCACCCUAUCCUAACCCUUCGCACCCUACUGUCCCAUAGCACCCUACAGUCCCAUAGCACCCUACUCCCUCACUCUCCUAUCGCUCCCUUGUCUGUCCUCUGUCCCUAUCAUCAGGUAUUAACCCACAUUUCCCAUUCAUUUUUAUUCAGCACCCCAAUUCUGUUGUACCCUAACCCAUGAUCACUCCUGUUAGGCAUGUCUCCCAACCUCUCAUCCAGUCUCCCAACCUCUCAUCCAGUCUCACCCAGACCUUCAAACGCUCCCCCUUCCCAGGCACCUCUGUUUGAUCCUUGCUUCUCUUGUUAUGGCUAGACAUUCCUCUCGGUCUGUCAUGAUGUUAUUCCCUCAGCUCUGAGGACAUGGCGUGUGAUUAACGACAGUCACCUCCCCAGCUCUCGUACCGUCGGCAGUAAUCUACGUGAUGUGUCACCAUGUCCUCUCAAAACAAACUAAUUAUGAGCCGGUUUCGUCAACCAAAUAUCCUGUCUGUGUGAAAUCGAAGGUGGAGACCGAGGCACAAUGAUUCUCCUUGUCUUCUGUCUGGUGUGUCUCUUGUCGUGUUACACGUGCACACCUUGCUGAUGAGGAAGAGGAAGUGACAACAUAGUUCUCCAGCUCCACCCAUCAGUAUCAGUGUAUUUAUUACUAGUGAUGAUCGUUUCAUUUGUCAAAUGUUUGAGGAAGAAAUGUUUUUAAUUAAGGGGGGGGGGGGGUGUUGCAAAGAAGAGUAUAUACAUUUUGGGGUUAUAUGAGAAUGCUGCUUUGACUCUUGUGAUCCUGGGGUGUCAAAUGAUAGUAUGACCACAAGGUGGCGCCUGACUGGGCAGCCCCAGAGGAGUCCAAAUGGGCAUUGGGCAAUAUUCUGAAGUGGCUUCCUUUCCUUGUCUCCUUUCCUCCAUCUGCACUGAUCUGAAAGGAGUGGAGGUGAAAAAUAGCCAUAUUGUUUACACCUAUGCUGUUGUAUUGAAGCAGAGGAGACGAGGAGAGGAAUCUGUUUUAGACUAUUGAGAUUCACCUCCUCUCUGCCCCAGAUGUUUCCAUUCCCACUUUUUUGUAAUUUUAAAUUAUUAUUUUAUAAAGUAUUAGUCAUUCUUGAUCUGAUUUGUGCAUUGACUGUGUCGCGACUAUGCAUUGCAUUUGUUAGUUAUUUUCUGUGUGUGAAAUCAAAGCUUUGAUGUUGCAGGGUUCUGGAAGUGAGUGAAGGGUUUCCGUGAGUUUAUAUGUCUACCUGUUUGACUGUAACCAGAACCCAAACCUAUGACGGCACCAGCCCACUAUCUUAUGACACUGAAUAGAGACAGACUGUCGUCUGUCACAGGCUCUCUGAGGUUGUGUGUUUUUGGGACUGUUUCCUGGACACAGAUUAAGCCUAGUCCUGGACUGAAACAUGUCUCCAUUAAAUAUGCUUUUUAGGGAAACCAACCCCCUAUGCCUGUCAAACCAAUGGGAGCUAUAGUAGUGUGAGAGAGUGACAGGGUGUUGGUAACAUCUUUAACCAGAGGGAGGCUGUGUUUCCCAGAAAAAUCUUCAUUGCUGCUGCCUACUGCUACCCAUAGAGAUAGAUAUAGGUCUCAUCUUUGUAUCUGCGCCAUUAUAAAGCCUAUGGCUGCAUGGAGUAGUCUCCAUUAGGAAGUAGUCCAUUUUCUUAUUCACGAUUGGCCGAUCCCUCCUGAUGACCCGGUUGGACAUGACUCCAACAGGGUCUCCAGGAUGGAACAGUCAAUGAAGUCCCACCCAGUUGACUACUUUCAAAUUGUGGAAGCCUUCAAUGGCACUGCCCAUGCUAACAUGGCCUUUUGUCCACUAGAGGCCUGUAUCAUUCUCUAGUACAGUGGUCACCAACCUUUUCUGAGUCUAGAUCACUUUCUGAUUCAAAAUGCAAGCUGAGAUUUACCACUCAUAUUUAUUUUUUAAAUGUAAGCCUAUGCAACAUUAACCAAUUAAAAACUGUUCUGUAGCAAUGAGGUUUGUGCCUGUAGGUUAUGGGCCGAAGACACUGUCACUGUAUAUUGGCUACGCUUGACUUACCCUGCCAAUGUUGUUCUUCUCAGACCAUUUUGAAAUUAUAUAUUUUUUAAAUGUGGUAUAUGAUCACACUGGUAAUUGUUGUAUUCAUUGUGAGGCACAGCUCAGGCUCAUGGCCUGCAUCUGAUGGUCAGUCUGAGGUGAGAGUGACACAGUCCAGCUGAAACUCAAGUAGCACUGCAUUAUUUCUGCCUCAUGCACCAAUUCAUGUUUUUACUCCUAUGACCAGAGAAAGUGAAAUAUUCCUUGAUAUUAAAAAAGACAAGCUGCUAAUAAUAACAACUCAAGCUUAUUGAAACACUUUGCUAUACUCAUUCAUUACAGCUGCAGUGCUGGUUGUAGCGUUGGUGGAAGUAGGGAGAACACACUUAUUGAAACACUUUGCUAUACUCAUUCAUUACAGCUGCAGUGCUGGUUGUAGCGUUGGUGGAAGUAGGGAGAACACACUUAUUGAAACACUUUGCUAUACUCAUUCAUUACAGCUGCAGUACAGCUGCAUGUGUGUUUUAACAAAUUGCAUCUCUCUGGUCAUGGUUUUGAAAUCUCACAGAUGGCUCAGAUCACUGUGCAGUCAUGGUGAUCUGAGCUAUCUGAUUGGCCAGUGGUAGGCCUAUAGGUGCCCUUGAUUUGCUCUCUGGGCCGGCCGGGUAGGCGGAGUAUUACAUUCAGACACAUGAAAUGGUUGAAAACACUUGGCCUUCCCAGCGCUAGGGCUGCUGAAUCAAGUGCACCUCCCGCCAACAGCACUAAAUAAAACCAAACAAUAGGAACGCAAGGCUUUAUCGUUGGGUUUUAACAGAAAUGCCUUGGAGAUCGAAUUGUCCAUCACGAUCGACCGGUUGGUGACCACUGCUCUAGUGCUACCAUAGCAGUGAACUUUCAUUCCAUAAGAGUAACCAUUAUGUCCCUAACUAAGUGUAUUAAAGAAUGUCUGAUGUAUUUAUAAAAUCAAUGCAUUGCUCUUCUAUAGUACUGGGAUUAUGGCUAAUGAAUAAAACAGCUUGAUGAAUGGAAACAGUAUGUUUAUCCACUGUGUUGUAUUGAAGAGUCUCAAAGGGCAAUUAAGUAAUGGUCUAUACCAUGCUUUUUGAUCAUCCUUCACAUCAGUUAUAUGGUAUGCUUGAGCCAAUCGUGAGGCCUGAUGCAAUGAGAAACAGGAAGUAAGAUAUAGCACUAGAAGCCUGCAUUGAAUAUAUUACGUUUUUUUUGUGUUUUUUUUUACUCCUUUUUCUCAAUGCACUCUAGCCCUUGAUCUGUCAAGAAAACUGCAUCAGACACCUAAACCUAUCAUGGGGUAGUGUGCAUUGUGUGGGGACCAAAACCUCUUUCUCCUAACUGAUGAUUGAUUGGGCCAUAAUUCUGUAUCUCUGGUCAGAAAGAAUCACUCCAGUUCAGUAAUAAUAAUAACCUGUUCUUCUCACUGACCUGGCCACAUGAUGCACAUUUAAUUUGUCUUGUUUUUCUGUUCUGUUGUGGUACUCAGGAACAAUGAGCAAUGGCAGAGAAGGGAAGGUGUGUGUUACUUUGUUGGACAGGCUGCCAUGCUUAGUAUGUCAUACAGAGUGUGUGUGGAGGAGGUGUGUGAGGUGUGUGUUGUCUGCAACACACUGACGUCAUCUUGUAUCUAAAAGACUAGCUGGCUGUAAAUCAUGCAUUUAAAAAAAAACAUUGCCAACGGCAAAUCCAUAUUAAUAAAAAGCAUUUAAAUUG